AUGGUUGAUAUCCAUGCCUAUAUCCUUCUUUUCUUCAUCUGGCUUAUUUCUACCAUUAUAGUUAAAGCAUUAGUAAGAAAUAGAACCACAAUUUGCCUUCCUCCUAGCCCUUUAAAGCUUCCACUUAUUGGCCAUCUCCACCUUUUAAGUAACAAACCACAUGAAUCUCUACACAAAUUAUCCAACAAAUAUGGACCAAUAUUUCACUUAUUCCUUGGUUCUAUUCCAUGUGUGGUUGCUUCUUCGCCUAAAAUAGUCAAACAAUUCCUCAAAAAUAAUGAGAUUAUCUUUUCAAAUCGUCCCAAAAUAUCCAAUAUUGAUUACUUAACUUAUCACCAAGACUUCUCAUUUGCACCUUAUGGACCUUAUUGGAAGUUCAUGAAAAAGCUAUGCAUUUCUAAACUUCUUGGUGGACAAACUCUUCAUCUUCUGCUUCCAUUUAGACGCGACGAAAUUAAGCGUUUGAUUAAAGUACUAUCAAGAAAUGCUGCAGUUGGCAAUGAAGUUAAUAUUCGUGGUGAAAUUACGACGAUGACAAACAAUGUUAUAACAAGAAUGCUUAUGAGUAAAGGGUGUUGUGAAAAUGAACAUGAAGCUGAAAAAGUUAGGAAAAUGAUUCUUGAAAUGGCUAAGCUAUCUGGGAAAUUUAAUCUGUCGGAUAUAUUCUGGUUUUUUAAGAAGUGGGAUUUGCAAGGUUUUGGGAAGAAGUUAAAGGGUGUUCGAGACAAGUUUGAUGAGAUUAUGGACAGCAUAAUUGAGGAGCAUCAAGAAAUAAGAAGGAAAAGGCAGAAAAUGAAUGAUGGUGAUCAGGAAGUUGCAAAGGAUCUCCUUGAGAUUUUACUUGAUAAUUCAGAAGAUAACACUUCAGAAAUUCGAUUGACAAGAGAGAAUAUUAAAGCUUUUGUUCUGGACCUAUUUUCUGGUGGAACUGAUACCUCAGCCAUUGCAAUGGAGUGGGCACUUGCAGAAUUGAUUAAUCAUCCAAAUAUUAUGGAGAAAGCAGCCCAAGAAAUUGACAAUAUCACUGGAAAAACUAGACUAGUGCAAGAAUCAGAUAUUUCUCAACUUCCCUAUCUUCAAGCCAUUGUUAAAGAAACACUAAGGCUUCACUCUCCUGCUCCAAUGAUUCUUAGAGAAUCCAGUGAAGACUGCACUAUUGAAGGCUAUCAUGUACCAGCAAAAACUAGACUUUUUGUGAAUGUUUGGGCUAUGAAUAGAGAUCCAAAAUAUUGGGAAAAUCCUCUUGAGUUUAGGCCAGAAAGGUUUAUGAAUGAAACAAAAAUAUUGGAUGUAAGGGGACAAAAUAAUUUUCAUUAUUUGCCAUUUGGGUGUGGGAGAAGAGGAUGUCCUGGAAUUUCAUUAGCAUUGCAAAUAUUGCAUACAAGUCUUGCUGCUAUAAUUCAAUGCUUUGAGUGGAAAGUUGGUGGUGAAGGUAAUAAUAAUGGUAAAGUGGACAUGGAAGAAGGUAGUAGUGUCACAGUCCCUAGAGCCAAUCCUUUGGUUUGUGUUCCAGUGGCUAGGUUCAAUCCUACUAAUCAUGAAUUAAAUUAA